AUGAAGGAGAAUAGAGGCUGCGUUGAAGAUUUUUUAAUGGAGAUCAUGUCAUGGAAUGUUAGGGGUCUUAGAAGACCUGAACAAAGGAGUAGAAUUAAGGCUUUGGUGAGAGCAAAAUUAGUAGAUGUUUUGAUGCUGCAGGAGACUAAGAGAGAAGCUAUUGAUGGUAAUUUUGUUAAGUCCUUAUGGCCUGUGGAUGAUAUGGGUUUUAUGGAGGUGGGUUCAGAAGGAAGUGCAGGUGGCCUCCUUUGCAUUUGGAACACCCAAAAUUUUCAAUUGAUAGAAUGCUGCAGUUCCAGGAACUUCAUUCUUCUCUCAGGUAUCUUAUCUAAAUCAUUUCAUUGUGUUCUUUGCAAUAUUUAUGCCCCGAUUGAUGCAUUGAAGAGGAGGAAACUUUGGGAGAGUCUUGUAAAACUUAAACUCUCUUAUCCUAACCCUUGGUGUCUGGGUGGUGAUUUUAAUGAGAUUAGAGUUAUGAGUGAGAGGAAAGGUUGCUCAAGAAGGGAAAGGGGUAUGAAAGACUUUAAUAAUUUUAUAGAGAGCUUGGAAUUAAUUGAUCUGAAUAUGCAUGGUAGAUUAUUCACAUGCUGUAAUGCAUUGGAUGGGGAGAGGUGGAGUAGGAUUGAUAGGUUUUUGCUUGAUCCUGUUUGGCUGGAGAGGUAUAAAUUUAAACAAUGGGGAUUGCCUAGAGUCAUUUCAGAUCACUGUCCAGUUUUGCUUAUGGAGGAUGGAAGGGAUUGGGGGCCAAAACCUUUUCGGUUUAUCAAUGCUUGGACAUCACAUCCUCAGUUUAAGAAGGAAGUGGAGAAGGUCUGGGAGGAGGCACAGAUUCAGGGAUGGGCCAGUUUUACAAUCAUGAUUAAGCUUAAAAGACUGAGAACAUAUCUGCGUAGGUGGAAUAUGGAGGUCUUUGGUAAUAUUGAUGAUCUACUUAAACAAGCUGAAGAUGAACUUCAUGAGUGGGACUUGAAGGCGGAAUCUAGAUCCUUGUUGGAAUCAGAGGUGAGUAGAAGAAGUGAGAUCAGAAGUCAAGUUUGGCAGCUAAGUAGAAGUAAGGAGAGGAUGUGGUCACAAAAAUCUAGAAUGUCAUGGGCACAAAAUGGGGAUAAAAAUACUAGACUAUUUCACUUGAUGGCAAGUAACAGGCAGAGGAAAAAUUUAUUGGACUCCGUUCAGGUAAAUGGUGUUGUGGUGGAAGACCCAAGCAUAGUGAAGCAAGUAGUGGAGAAUUUUCUUAGAAGGGUCUUUGCUGAAAGCUGGGAGAGUAUGCCUAAGUUGGCAGGGUCCUUUUUGUCCAUUACUGAUGUUGAUUCAAAGGAAGUGCUGGAGGCUAAUUUUAGUGAAGCAGAAAUCUGGGCAGCCAUUCAAGAUUGUGAUGGGAAUAAAGCUCCUGGACCUGAUGGCUUCAAUCUAAGAAUAAGACAAGUACUCACAAAACUCAUAGGAGAGGUUCAAACUGCUUUUCUUUCGGGUAGAUGCAUCCUUGAUGGGCUCUUAAUUGCUAAUGAAGUGGUGGAUUGGUGGAGAAAGUCCAAGAAAAAAGGAAUCAUUCUUAAAUUGGACUUUGAGAAGGCCUAUGAUUCAGUUAACUGGGAGUUUUUGUUGUCAAUGAUGGAAAAUUUUGGGUUUGGAGAUAAAUGGGUGGGUUGGAUUAGGUCUUGUAUUUCUAUGUCAAGGAUCUCAGUGCUUGUAAAUGGGUCACCCACAGCAGAGUUCUCUCCUCAGAGGGGUUUAAGGCAAGGAGAUCCACUAUUGCCUUUCCUUUUUACUAUAGUUGCAGAAGGUCUAAAUAUUCUGUUAGAGAGAGCCAAAGAAAAGGGGAUGAUCAGAGGAGCUUCAGUUGGUCAUCAAGAAUUGAUAAUCUCUCAUUUACAAUUUGCAGAUGACACUAUUAUUUUUUGUGAAGCCAAUUGGGAUGAAAUCAGGGUGCUUAAAAGAAUUUUGAGGGGCCAACCCAAGGAAAAAAGUACUUCGAAACCAGUGGUGGAGAAGUUUAAAAAGAAAUUAGCAUCUUGGAAGAGGAGAUUCUUGUCCUUUGCCGGUAGAGUGACCCUAAUUAAGUCUGGAUUGUCAAAUCUUCCAGUGUAUUUUCUAUCUAUCUUCAAAUUGCCUAUUGGUGUUGCUAAAACAAUUGAUAGGAUUCAAUCAAACUUCUUGUGGGGUGGUUCGGAAGUUCAAAGGAAAAUUCACUUAGUCCAAUGGAAAGAGGUGUGUAAAAGUAAAGCCCAAGGGGGGUUGGGUGUGAGAAGUCUCAGUGAUGUUAACGUCUGUUUAAUGUUAAAAUGGUGGUGGAGGUAUGGUCAUCAACAACAGUCACUAUGGAAAAUGGUGGUAUGUAGCAGAUAUGGUGGGAUUGGGGGAAGGUGGAAACCAGAAACAGUGUCAGCUGCAAUGGUAUCUACAGUGUGGAAGGACAUUGCAUCAUUAGCUUCAGCAAAUAGUGUAGUGGCAGAGUUUUUCUCACAAAACUUCAGGAUUAUUUUGGGAAAUGGGGAAAGAAUUCAUUUUUGGACGGAUAGAUGGUUCAAUGAUAUGAGUCUUAGGAGUGAAUUUCCUAGACUAUUUAGUUUAUCAGUGGAGAAGGAAGGUUCCUUGCAAUUUUUUUACCAACGGAAAGGGCCGGGCAGUGAUUGGAAGUUGGCAUUUAGAAGAUCACUUUUAGCUUGGGAGGAGGAGGAAGUUCAUAGGCUAAAUGUAUUACUAGCAGAGGUACCUAAUCUAAAUCCUCUAACUGAGGAUUACUGUUUGUGGAGAGCAAGUAAUUCUAGAGUAUUCUUUGUGGCAUCAGUGUGGAAAAGGUUGGAAUUAGUUAAUGGACCCACAGUUUCCAUUUCAAAGUUCCUGUGGAAAAAUGCAGCCCCCCCGAAGGCUCAGUUCUUCGGCUGGUUAGCUUGGAAAGGGAGACUUAAAACAGCAGAAUUCAUGCAAAGGAUUGGAGCUAUACCUGCCAAUGUCAGCCCACUAUGUGUAUUUUGCAAAGCAGAGGUAGAAACCAUAAAUCAUGUGUUGCUUUUAUGCCCAUUGGUAUGGAAGUUAUGGUCUGAGUUGGUAAACUGGUGGGAAGUGCAGUGGGUAACACCAGGAUCUGUGUUAUUUUGCUUGACUGGUGGUCUGAUAGUGGAGCUAAUGAAAGUAAGAAUUGCAUUAUGGAUCAAGUUAUAUGUUAAAGGGGUGAAUUACACUAUGCAUGAUAUUGUCGCAAAUUUGAAGCAGAUUGCUAGCAGAUGGGUUUUGAAGCAAAUUGGUAUGUAUGCAGAUUGGUUGCAGAGUGGUAGGUACCAGCUUCUGGUCUGUGAAGGCAGUGCAGAGGCCUGCUUGGUUCUGGUAACUGGGAAUUUGCUCCAGAUGAUGAUCUUCAUCUCUUCCCUUUGCGCCGAUCGGUGUUUAAAGAGGAUGAGGCUCUUUCCCAACCAUCGAAGGACUUUUGCUAAUCCUUCUUCACCAGCAAAGACUUGA